GCACGAAAUAGACCACCGCCCUGGAGAUAAAAAAGCUAGGGUUAGGGUUCGAGAGCUAGGGUUUGGUGUUCUCCUCCCCGCGGCGCGAGAUCGGCGAAGAUGAUCGAGGUGGUGCUCAACGAUCGGCUGGGGAAGAAGGUGCGGGUGAAGUGCAACGACGACGACACCAUCGGCGACCUGAAGAAGCUCGUGGCGGCGCAAACGGGGACGCGCCCGGAGAAGAUCCGGAUCCAGAAGUGGUACAACAUCUACAAGGACCACAUCACCCUCAAGGACUACGAGAUCCACGACGGCAUGGGCCUCGAGCUCUACUACAACUGAUCCCCGCGAUCGCCAUGGUGAAGGCUGAGUUGUCUAAUGCUUCUACUGCAAGCCAAAGUCUUAGACUGCUGAUCCGGUCAAAAAUUCUCCUUCGGAAAGCAUGUGAGGAGAUAAAAUGGCUACGAAUGAUGACCCUCGAAGUUUGCGCUCACUACAGAUCAAGCGAUUCGGCUGAUGAGGGAUCAGAUCAGUCGGGUUCAAUUCUACACAGUAAUUCUGGGUUGGCUGGAUGAGCUGAAUUUGAGACAAGCACUGAUUCGGCUGAUUCGGCUGAAGAGCCAAACUACUUAUAUAUUGCUCAAAGUCGGUUGAUACAAGAAAAAUAUAGAACUUAAGUAUGCCUCUACAACGAACACUCCUGAAAAGAGAUCUAAUCCUACAAACUACUUCUAGGAAAAGCAGUAAAUGUAGAGAAAAGAGAAAUAUUAUAAUUGAACUACUUCCAGAAAGCAAGAGAAAAUGCGUUGAAUUGAGAGUGGUCUUCUUGUUCGUAGAGAAAAAAGACCCUCUUCCAGGCGUCUUCUGUUUAUUUAUAAUUCGCCUGUUAUUAUUCAGUUACUCCUGUGAUCGGCCACCUUCCCAAUUUCGUGGUCAUUACUAGCUGAUCUUAACCACAUGUAACCGCAUGAACUUUAACUAACGGUUUGAUGCGGUUCUUUCUCUGUUUUUGGUGCACCAUCUAUUACUUAUUCCUGGCUUCAAAGGCCCUGAUUGAGGUGCAUUCCGGUUUAUUACGUGGCGCGAUUUCUUUGGCGCCAACGGCUUCUCUUCUCGCUUUGGCUCAUGAACUCGGCGGGUUAUGAACUAUUGAAAUAGUUUCAUAUGAGCUCUAUCGUUUGUAUUCAACCUCUGUUUCAUAUGAUUUUCUCCUGGUUUUAAUGUUUUUCGUAAAUGAUCGAGAUCAUUA